AUGACGGCCGCGGACCCGUCUCCUCCACGCUCGAACGAAUCCACUCCUUCUCCUGAGAACAACGAUGUUGAUACAUUAGCUCUUCCGCCCUUGCGUCCCAAGCCAAGGACCUUGCCUCCAUGGAUCGAUUCUUAUGAAGAGAGAUAUGGACAGCCGCUGCCCGGCCAGGGGGGAAUCUUGAACCGACCACCCCCACGUACAGUACCGGCACAACACAACAGCACACCUACCGAACCACGAAGGGUAUCAAAGGAUGGAUUUGUGUACGAACCGGACGGGCUGGAGCGGAGGAAGGAUUCCAAGAUCAAGUUACGGCGGAUUCUAAAACGCGGGGACGGCACCGAGCGAGGCCGGAAAUGGGACCACCUCCGGACCGACGAACCCGUCAUUCUCCACCGACAUGCGCACUACACGUCCAACUCGCCUUGGUCCGACUUUAUCCAUUCAUCACAAUGGGGUCACAUGCCAAAUGAGCAUUCGGAAGUCGUCGACUACCAAACACUCGAGAAGCUACAACCGAACUUUAAUUCACCCGUCAAUCUGCCCGUAACUGACGAUGCCAACCACCGUCGUGGGGGGAGGAGGGCAGCUUUGUACAAGCGGCUAUGGCAGCACGUCCUCCGGCACCCCUUGAUCCCCUUGCUCUUCCGGUCGUUAGUCCUGGUCACCUCUAUCUGCGCCCUUGCCCUCGCCAUUCGCAUCUUCCAGCUCGAAGGCCAACGGCGCUCCAGUCAGCAAGAGCUACAGAACCAGAUCCUCAACAGCUUGCGAGCAUUGCAUUCAAGCCCCAGCUUUAGCUCCGAGCACGGCAUCGACCAAGACGUUUCCCUAAAAGAGAUUUCCCUAAUAAAACAGAUCUCGCGCGGGUCAUCAGAACGGACCCAAGCGAUAGUGGCGAUUGUGGUCGACACCAUAGCGAUUCCGUACAUCGGCUACAUGCUCUGGGACGAAUACACCGGUCGACCUCUCGGACUAAGGCCAGUUACGCAAAAGAGCGGGUUGGUGUUGAUGGAUGUCUUCUUCAUCGUGUUCAAGGCGGCCAGCACGGCGUUGGCGUUCGAAGUGCUGGUCUAUCAUAACAGCCAAGACCGCUUUACGGACCAUUAUAGCCAGGCGCUGGCCGGGUUUCAGCUGGUCGGGUUGAUUGGCUGGUUGACCAACUUUACGGUCAAUGUGUUUAGGUUGGUGGUGAAGCUGGGAGGCGGAGAUGAUUUGGAAAAUCAGAGGGGGAGGUGA